GAAAUCAAACACUCAACGCAAAACACGCUCAAAGCAGAGGAGCAAAAAAUAGUGAUGCUUAAAAGCUCAAAACUAAGAACGAGAGAGAGAGAGAGAUAUGUUUGCUCAAAUCAAGAUCUAAUAAUUACCCAGUAUUCAUUUUUCAGCUUUUCACUAAAAUCCCUGAAAAAACCCAGCUGAAAUAAGCUCUCUUCGGAACAAAAGAACAAUUUCAGUUACUCGAAGUCUGCAGAUUCUGUUCUUCAAUAGCAGUUUCAGGAUGUUGAGAGAUUUCAAAUUCCUCCGCCGGAAUUCGGGCAAGCAGAGUGAUGAAAUCGAGAAUGUUCCUGUAAAUCCUAGAGAUUCAUUAGCGAGUCAAACUAGCGCUGACUCAUCUAGGCCUCCGUUGAAUACGAUUCAAGACCCAGUUCCUCCCUCUCCUAAACCUAAAUUUGAAAAAGAAUCAGCAACAGGUGGAAGUAAAAUUGACAGAACACCAAUCAAGCCCAAACCCAAAAAGUCUGAUUCCACUUUGCCUGUCCGUACGCCGGAUAAACAGGCAUUUCAUGUGAAGAAUCGAUUCGGGUGGGCUCAGAGGAAUGAGCCUAGCUCGAUUCCCAGUGAAUCGUGUGAUGAAAUGAGACCUGAUAUGAACAACUAUCCAGUGCAGCUGAGUCGUGGGGGCUUGCCAAACAUGACUCCGAGGUCGACUAGGACCGUGGGGAGGCCUACUUCAAGUCAUUCUGAGACUAAUUCCACACAAAGCACACCAACCAAGAGUGUUUCUAAGCCUACGAGUUCAGGGUAUAGGAGUAAGUUUGAUGGAGGUAUUGGAGGAGGGCGUGCAGGAAACUUUGCUGCAUUGUAUAGGGGGGUUCCCGUUACUGGUGGUUCGAGUACUACUGUCGUUAAUACUGUUGAAGUCCCUCAUUUUGAUCUCAAGGAGGAUCCAUCAUUUUGGAUGGAUCACAACGUACAGGUUCUUAUUCGUGUGCGUCCACUCAAUGGCAUGGAGAAGAGUAUGCAUGGUUACAACAGGUGCUUGAAGCAAGAAAGUGCCCAAAGUAUCACUUGGAUUGGACAAUCAGAAACUCGCUUCACAUUUGACCAUGUAGCGUGUGAAACAGUGGAUCAGGAAAUGCUUUUUAGGAUGGCUGGUCUCCCCAUGGUGGAGAAUUGCUUGUCUGGCUACAAUAGCUGCAUGUUUGCCUAUGGUCAGACAGGAAGUGGGAAGACGUACACAAUGCUUGGUGAAAUUGAUGAUUUAGAAGUCAAGCCCAGCCCACAUCGUGGAAUGACACCGAGGAUAUUUGAAUUCUUGUUUGCAAGGAUUCAAGCUGAGGAAGAAAGUCGUAGCGAUGAAAGACUAAAAUAUAGUUGCAAGUGCUCUUUCUUAGAGAUUUACAAUGAGCAAAUUACUGAUCUCCUUGAUCCCUCAUCUACCUAUUUGCAUCUGAGGGAGGAUGUCAAGCAGGGUGUCUAUGUAGAAAAUCUCUCAGAAUUUGAAGUUAGAACAGUGAGCGACAUUCUGAAGCUACUGACUCAGGGUUCUGUAAAUAGGAAAGUUGCAGCAACAAAUAUGAACAAGGAAAGCAGUCGGUCGCAUAGUGUUUUUACAUGUGCAAUUGAGAGCAGGUGGGAAAAAGAUUCCACAACUAACGUAAGGUUUGCUAGAUUGAACUUAGUUGAUCUUGCGGGUUCAGAAAGGCAGAAAAGUUCAGGUGCUGAAGGUGAGCGUCUAAAGGAAGCUGCAAACAUAAACAAAUCCUUAUCCACAUUAGGUCAUGUAAUUAUGAUUCUAGUAGAUGUGGCAAACGGGAAACCAAAACAUGUUCCUUACAGGGAUUCAAGGUUGACCUUCCUUCUUCAGGACUCACUUGGUGGAAACUCAAAAACAAUGAUCAUUGCUAAUGUCAGCCCUUCUAUCUGCUGUGCAGCUGAAACAUUAAACACUUUAAAGUUUGCUCAGAGAGCAAAACUUAUCCAGAACAAUGCUGUGGUGAAUGAAGAUUCCACUGGGGAUAUCAUUGCACUGCAGCAUCAAAUACGACUUUUAAAGGAGGAGCUUUCUCUUCUAAAACGUCAAAAUGUCUUCAGAUCUUUGUCAUUUGGUUCAACUGUCAAAGAUACGACUCAAGCACAGCAUACUGCUUGCUCUGAGAAGAUGUAUGAAACAGAUCAACAGCACGUUGAUGGCUCACUUGCAUUGGAAUCAAAAGGCAUUAUUAGAAUGUCUACUAAGCAGUUGAAAUCUUUGGAGACAACACUUGCUGGUGCAUUGAGAAGAGAGCAGAUGGCAGAGACCUGCACAAAGAAACUUGAAGCUGAAAUUGAGCAUUUGAACCGUUUGGUUCGUCAAAGAGAGGAAGAGACCAGGAGCACAAAGAUGAUGGUGAGAUUUCGGGAAGACAAAAUUCACAGAAUGGAGUCACUUCUGGGUGGUUCAUUACCUCAAGAUACUUAUUUGCUUGAAGAGAACAAAGCCCUCUGUGAAGAGAUCCAGAUGCUUCAAGCUAAAGUAGAUAAAAAUCCUGAAGUAACUCGCUUUGCAUUGGAGAAUAUAAGGCUUUUAGACCAACUUAGAAGAUUUCAAGAAUUCUAUGAAGAAGGGGAGAGAGAUAUACUCCUGGAUGAAGUAUCCAACCUUCGGGAACAGCUGCUUCAUCAUCUUGAUGGGAAAUCUAUAUGGCAUAACCAUCCAAAUGUCAAUGGCCAACCUCAGGAAGCUAUGUGCAUCAGCAACCAAGACAAUUCUCUCCAUUUAGAGUUAAAGAACACCGUCAAUGAGUUGGAGGAGUGCAGGCGUAACUUAAAUUCUUGCUUGGAAGAGAACCAAAAACUUAGUAGAGAAAUAAAUGAUCUGCAGUUUAUGUUAGACAAUAUCAAAUCCACCACCCGGGACAAUGAUGGUAACAUCAAAAGCAUUAAGGAUUUUCAGGAUACCUCAGAAGCUCUAGCUUCUGAACUUGACAUACUUGAGGGUGUUGAGAAUGGGAUGGAGUGCAUAUAUACUACAUCAGUGAUGAAACAUGCAGAAGAAAUCUUGGACUUACAGUUGGAAUUAGAUAUAUUGAAGAUUAUUCUCAAAGAAGAGAGGUCAAUCCAUGGUGAAGUAGAAGAAAGGACAAUAUGCUUGAGUAGAGAACUUGAAAUGGCCAAAGAAAAGGUUCUGUUUGUAAGCAAGCAAUUUGGAGAUGCAACUCAUGAACUGAAAGAGGCAAAGUCAGUUGUUGAAGCCCUUGAGUCUGAACAAAUACUGGCAAUAAAUGAGAUGGAAAACCUGAGGAAAAGUAAUAGGCACUAUGUCGAGCUUUUGCAUGAAAAACAGAUUGAAAUAAUGGAAUUGAAGGAUCAACUUUCUAGAAAGGAAUUAAGAGAUUACCAGUCAGAGGGUAAGGACUCCACUUUACAAAUAAAAUUGAAGAGGAUGCAAGAUUCCUUUGAGAAGGCCAAGAGACUGAAUCUGUGGUAUCAAAAUGAUCAUGCUUUUAAGGCAACCAAUGAAGAAGAAAUGGAUGAAGUCCGUAGACAGGCAGAAGCUGAAACUGCGGAGGUUAUUGUCUGUUUGCAGGAAGAACUAUCCAUUCUUCAGCAGCAGGUACACAAUUGCCAUUUGAAAGAGAAGGAGACUAAUAACACAGUGACGCUUCUGGAAAAUGAAUUGAAGGAGCUGCAGGGAAAGUUACACCUCUUAACUGAGGAUAACAAAGAGUUACAUGGAAAGCUAAUCGGUAAAGAUGAAGAAUUGAGAAAAUUAUCUACUGAAUGGGAAUUGUUGGCUUGUGAGAUAGCAGAAAUUCUUGCGGAUGGGCAAGAAGCACUUACUGAUGCAUCUGAUCAGCUUGACCUUAUCUCCAGUACCUUUCCACAUAAAAGGAUUUGGAUCCCUGAACAAGUUGGCAGGUUAAUUAGAAUCAUUUCUGAAAAGGAAUUAUUGAUUGAAGAACUUGGCAAAUGUUUAGAGGACGCAAACAAUAAAAGAAGUGAUGUGGAGUGCAUGCUUAAGUCUUUGAGAGGAGCAGCAGUGGUGAUCAAUGAAGCACAUCAGCAGGAGUGCCAUGAAAAGGAGAAAGAAAAUUUUCUCUUGAAGUCUCUUUUAAAAGAGAAAACAACUACCGUUGCAGAGCUGGAGGGCAAGGUGAAGCUGGCACAACUUCAUGCUAAUAAAUCAUCAAUUUGUGCAACAGCCGCUUUUGUGAUUGUGAAUAGGCUUUCAGAGUUGAAUGUUAAUAAUCUCGAUGAAUUAAAGUACAAGGAUUUCCAACUUAGUGAAUCAAUAGAGAUUAAUCAGAGGAAAUGUGCCCUCCUAGAAAAUCAGGCCGCUGCUAUUAAAGAGGCUGAGGAAGAGAUUGAGUCCUUGAGAAUGAAACAAGUGCAAUUGAAGGAUACAUGUGCUCAACUUCAACGGAGACUCUUGGAAGAGGAGAAACGUGCUAAUUUUAUGGAACAAAAGCUUGAAGAAGAAGAGAAUGACAUUUUGAAGACAAGAGAGAAACUAACUGAGCUGAAAACUGGUGUAUCCUCACUCAUGUCAUGCAUGAGCAUCUCUUUGAAGCAUGAUAGAAGUGCUAAAAUGAAUGAAACAAAUGUAGCUUGUGUGCCUCUUGACAGCAGCAAUGGGCGGACAGAUGCUGGAGAGGACUUAAGAGCUCAUGUCCCUGAGUGUUCUCUUGAAAAAGGAUCCCGUUGUAGAAAAUCAGAGGAAUUCAGGACUUCCAAGGAUGUAAGUGAUCGAGACGUUACCAUUAUUCUUCUCAAAAAGGAAAUAGAGUCUGCCCUUGAAAGCUUGCAAGAGGUUCAAGUGGAGAUGGCUAAACUACGUAGUGAGAAAGAAGAAAUACGGAUAUCUGAGAAACGAAGUCAGGAGAGCUUAAAAUGCUUCACAACUCUCAUACUUGCAAUUCAAGCAGAUAUGAGUAAUUUUGAAAAUCUGUUUGAACUUAAGAUGAAUGCCAUUAAUCAUAAGUUACAGUCAUUUGAACAGAUUGUCCAAGAAGCUGGAACUCAUUGGUGCCAAACAAAAGAGUUUCUUGAGAUGGAAGUUGGUGAUGCAAAGAUGGUUGCAGCCCAAAAGGCAGCAGAGGCUUCUUGUAUUUUUGCUAAAUUUGAAGAGGCCCAAGAUACCAUGAAAGAAGCUGAUAUCAUGAUCAAUGAGCUGAUAAUAGCAAAUGAAACAAUGAAACUGGAUAUGGAAAGGCUGAAAGAAAUAGAAAUCACAUUAACUAAUGAAAAGGAUAUGCUAAUUAAUGAGGUUAAGAGAUUGCAUUCGCUCAAUUCUCUCAAGGAUCUGCAGGUUGAAGAUCUUGAAAAGCAGUUUGGCUUAAACUUGAUGGAAACAAAUGAUCUGGUUGAGGAGCUGGAGGAUAGUAUUGCAAAGCUCCAGACCACUUUCAAGGAAAAUUUAAAGUCUCUGGCAUGUGAUUUUCAUUCUAUUAAGACUUUAGUUUUAGACAAAGGGAAGUUGGUGCGAUCAUGGCUCGAAGAUGUCUGGUCUGAGAUAAUCAUGAAGGAUUCUGCUGUAUCAGUGCUUCACCUCUGUCAUAUGGGCAUUCUGUUGGAAACAGUAACAGGGCUGAACACAGAAAAUGGAUUGCUUCAACAUGGCUUGUGUGAAUCAAACACUAUUAUAGCUGGUCUGAGAGAGCACAAUUCUAAGUCAAAUAGAGAGCUCCAAAUGUGCAGAACUUUGAAGGGGAAAUUGCUGGCUGACAUGAAGAACAGUUUUGAUCGGAUCUUGAGGAAAGAAACAGAAACUGGGGAGCUUAGCACUAAGCUAAACAGUUUUGAGAAAAAGAUCUUUGAUCUACAGUUGCAAGAGCAAUUGAUGCUACAAAGGUCUAACUAUAUGGGAUCACAGCUUUCUAUUCUAAUGAAGGAUUUAGACUUCAGUAACAGAAAAAUUGAUGAGUCCCUUAUUGAUCAAGAGAUAAUGCGGAAAGAGAAAGAGGAGCUUCUAAAUUCUGAGGCUGAGCUAUUUAUGAUAGAGUUGUGGUCGAAGGACAUUGAGUCACUUGUCUUGGCAUCACAGCUAGAAGAGAUGUUUAUUGAGAAAGUUAUAGCUGAGAGAAAGCACAUCAAUUGUGGUUCUGACCUUGAGCAUUUGAAGGAAGAAAUGAUUUUUUUAAUGGUGGAUGGAAAUUUGAAAGAUCAAGUUCUGUUGGCCAAGGAUGCUGAGGUUGCUCUUCUACAAAAGGAAGUUGAAGAAGCGCAAAGGGAGGCUCAGUAUUUAUUGUCAAGGCUGAACCAAAGCCAUUUAAGAGUUGUAGAGAUAGAAGAGGCAAACAGGGCCCUUGAAGGGGAAAUUCAACUGCUGAAGGAUUUUGCUUGUUCAAAUGAUGCAUUGAAGGGUGAAAUGGGUGAAGCUAUGGAAGCCAAAGUGAGACUGUUAAGCCAGGUUGAAAAACUUGAAGUUGAAUGUGAGAAACUGCUAAAGGAUUUGAAGGCUAAAGAAACAGCAUUGGAUAGUUCUUCAAGUCAUAUUUCCAUCCUUGAUCAACAAAACCAGAAGUUGCAGGAGGACAUUUGCCUGUUGGAAACUUCAAUGAGCACACUUCAAAGUGAGCUGGACAAUAAAGAUGGAGAACUCAGCAGAAUUAAAUGCUUGGAAGGGGAAAAUGAAUCACUUAAAGGUGAGGUCUGGAAGUUGAAGAUAGAUAAUAGCCUGUUUCUCAAAGAUUUGGAGGAGAAGAGUUCUGAAAUUGAAUUGUCUUCAAGCCGUAUAAGCACCUCAGACAUGAAAAAUCACAGAUUGCAGGAUAGAAUUUUGUCCUUGGAGACUCAUAUUGCGGGCCUAGAGACUGAUCUGAAAAUCAAAAGUGCUAAGGUGAAUGAACUCUUGCAUUAUCAGUCUGUUGUCAUGGAAGAUUUAAGCUCAAAGGGCCAGGAUUUGCAAAUAUUUGUCAAUGACGUCAAUACAUUGAAGAAUGAGAAGAUUCUUUUGAAGAAGGAACUCAAGUCUCACAAGAAAGCUACACUGGAAGCCCUUGCCUUGUCAAGCUUGAAUACUAUGAAGUGUGUUGAUUCACUGGGGAAUGUGAAUGUGACUUCUCAUAAGUUUUUUAAUUUACUGGAGAAAGAAAGUAAUAUGGUUGUAGAAAAAAUGUUCCAUGAGAUAUGUGAAGCUACAGAGAGGACAUUCCAGUUCAUAAAAGAAAUUGAGUGUUUGGAGUGUCAUGCUAAACAGUUGGUAUCUGACAACAUGAGUCUCCAGGCUGAGCUAUUGAGGAAGGAUGACAUUUUAAAGGGAUUAUUAUUUGAUUUGAGCCUGCUACAAGAGUCUGCAUCUAAUACUAAGGAUCAAAAGGAUAAGAUUGAGGAAAUGAUGGCCUCCUUUGAGGCUUUGGAAGAUGAGCUUGUUGUGAAGUCUAGUGAGCUUGUUGAGGCUGUUGCUCAUAAUCAGAUGCUUGAAAGUCAGUUGCAGGAGAAGAUGGGCAUCAUUUCUGCUCUUGAGUUGGAUUUUGCAAAGGAACAUGAGUCUCUAAAAUUGUGUUCUUGUGAAAAUCUGGAGCUGAGAGCACAAAUAGAAGAAGCAUUGGCUGCAAAAAAUUCUCUUGAGGAGGAGUUAACAGAAAGAAAGAAUUUGACUGAGAGCUUGGAAGUGGAACUCUCGCAGAUGGGCAAUGCUCUUGGCCAAAUGAAUAGUACAGUUGAAUCUUUAAGAAACAACUUAGAUGAUCUUGCCAAUGAGAGAGACCAGCUUCACACAGAGAUGCAUAAUUUGAAAGAACAGCUUGAAAAGGCACAGGCUUGGGCUGAAGAAAAUGAAGCUAUUGCAUUGGAGGCCCAACAGAUAGCUGAAUCUAAGAAGGUCUAUGCUGAAGAAAAGGAAGUGGAGGUAAAGCUAUUAGAGAGGUCCGUUGAGGAGCUAGAAUGUACUAUAAAUGUACUGGAAAACAAGUUUGAAAUUCUUAAUGGGGAAACUGAACGACAAAGAUUGCAAAGAGAAGAGCUAGAAGUCGAGCUUCAUGCUGUAAAUCAUCAGAUGCAGAAAAUUAGAAGUGUUGACACUGACAUUAAAAGGCAUUUAGAUGAGAAGGAGAAAGGUCUAGAAGAAGCCCUGAAGCACAUACAAGUUCUUGGGAGGGAUAUUGCUGAGAAAGAUGCAGAGAUUGCCCAAUGCAAGGCACAUAUAUCUGAGUUAAAUUUACAUGCAGAAGCCCAGGCUAGCGAAUACAAAGAGAAGUUCAAGGCCUUGGAAGCAAUGACUGAGCAAGUAAAACCUGAAGGCCAUUUCUCCCACAUUGGAAAUUCUUCAUCAAACAAACUUGAGAAAAAUGCUGCCAAGUCCAGGGGUUCUGGUUCCCCUUUCAAAUGCAUUGGUUUGGGUUUGGCACAACAAAUAAAAUCUGAGAGGGAUGAAGAGCUUACAGCUGCUAGGUUGCAUAUUGAAGAGCUAGAAUCCCUAGCUGUGAGUCGACAAAAAGAGAUAUUUGCAUUGAAUGCAAGAUUAGCUGCUGCGGAGAGCAUGACCCAUGAUGUCAUUCGAGAUUUAUUGGGAGUGAAAUUGGAUAUGACAAAUUAUGUGUCACUGUUGGAUAAUCAGCAACUACAGAAGAUAGCAGAGAAAGCUCAACUUAAUAGCUUCGAACCUCAACCUAAGGAGCAGCAGGAGGUCAUGAAGCUCAAACAGCAGCUCAAUGAAUUUAUUGAGGAGAGGCGAGGAUGGCUAGAGGAAAUUGAUAGGAGACAGGCUGAGAUGGUUGCAGCACAAAUAGCAUUGGAAAAGCUUCGGCAACGAGAUCAGUUACUUCAAGCUGAAAAUGAAAUGUUGAAGACGGAGAAUGCAAAUAAUAAGAAAAGGGUGAUGCAACUUGAAGCUGAUGUAAAGAAGCUGUCUGGCCAGCAAAACCUCCAGCAACGCAUUCAUCAUCAUGCAAAAAUUAAGGAGGAGAACAAUUUGCUAAAACUUCAGAAUGAAGAUCUUAGUGCUAAGCUGCAGCGUACGGAGAUCAUUCUUUCACGAGUAAAAGAAGAGCUUGCACAUUAUCGUGCUUCCAUUGGAAAAAGUCCCUAUAUAAAUUUUGAUGAGGAACAACAAUUGAUAAACAAACUAAAGGAAGCUGAGGAUGACAGGGUGCAAAUAGCACAGAAGUUGGUAGGCUUGUGCACCAGCAUUUUGAAAGCAGCAGGAAUAACAAAACCUGUGUCCAAUAUAAGCCCUGCGGUUGCUGAGGAGGCACUUGAGCAGAUGAAAAAUAGACUUGCUUCGCUGGAAAGAGAAUGCCAAGAUUUGACCUUUAAGAACAGAAUUACCAACGAAAGAGCUAGGUUGUCUGAGCUAAUGCCUCAAAGAUCACCAAUAAACUCAAGAACAGAUGAGAACUGUAAAACUCCGAAAAGGGGCCAAACUCCUUUUCUUUCUGCUUUAGACCGAUAGCACUGCCUGCCUGCAAAAGGAGAGAUUGAUAGUUAGCUUUUUUGCUAGCAAUUAUAACUACAGAAGCUAAGCUUUGGAUGUGUUCGUUUAUUUGUUCUUAUUCUAGUUCUUCCUGAUUUAGCUGUUUUCAAUUCUUCUCUCGAGCUGUAUAUCAAUUUUUUUUUAUACUUUUUUUGUUGUAAUAUUCUGUAUUUCCUUGUAAAUAACUAAAUAUAUAACUCAAUGGAAAUUAAUAGUUGCCAUCUUUUACAUAA